AUGGAGGAAGUUCCGAGCUAUCAAGACUUCAAGCUCACCAACACCGGCCGUCUAAUCUUCUGCGCUCUUGCGGUCCUAACCCUAAUGGUGUCCCUCGAUGGGACUUCCAUUUCCGUUGCCCUCCCGGAAAUGGCCAGUGAGCUGGGUGGGAGUGCUAUGGAAGCCUUUUGGAGCGGGACUUCGUUCCUGCUCUGCUCCACGGUCUUUCAACCUAGCACAGCUACGCUCUCUGACAUAUUUGGGCGCCGUCCAGUGAUUUUGGUCUCGCUGGUUUUCUUUUUUGUCGGUGCUGUGGUAGCUGGGGUUGCGAAUAGUUUCUCCCAGAUAUUGAUCGGGCGAUGCAUACAGGGAGUGGGCGGCGGCGGCAUCGCUGUGCUCGCGGAGGUUGUGGUCACUGACCUUGUGCCACUCCGUCUAAGGGGGAAUUAUUAUGGCAUCUUGAGUGCAAUGUACAGCCUCGGGUCUGUGCUGGGCCCUAUCCUUGGUGGAGGGUUCUCCGAGAACGUCACUUGGCGCUGGAUAUUUUAUAUAAACUUUCCCUUCAUCGGAAUCUCCGCGGUGCUAAUCAUCUUCUUCUUUCAACUUGAAACACCCUCAGGGACUCUAAAAUCCAAACUCGGCCGCAUCGACUAUUUUGGUACAGCCCUCUUCAUCGCUAGCACAUCCUCCUUCCUGAUACCAUUAACCUGGGGCGGGGUGAUGUUCCCAUGGAGUUCAUGGCACACGCUAGUCCCCCUAAUCCUCGGGCUUGCAGGCCUUGCAGGCUUCACAAUAUACUCUCUUAUGGCCCCCAACCCUAUGAUCCCCCACUCCGUCUUCAGUAACCGCAGCGCAACAAUCGCAUUCAUAACCAGUUCCCUACAGGGCCUGAUCCUCUGGGGCGCCCUGUAUUAUCUGCCGUUAUACUACCAAGCAGUCCGCGAAUUCGGGCCGAUCUUAACCGGCGUCGCGCUUUUCCCGCAGACAUUCACCGUCGCGCCCUCGGCCAUCGCCUGCGGGUUCAUCGUCACAAUCACAGGCCGCUAUAGAUGGGGUCUGUGGGUCGGCUGGAGUCUCUCAAUUGUAGGCAUCGGGAUUCUGACUUUGCUCAGCCCGACCACGAGCACGGCUGGCUGGAUCCUGCUGAAUAUCCCGUCCGGACUGGGAGUGGGGUUCUUAACGGCUGCCAUUGUGUGCACGGUGCAGGCGUCGGCGACGAACCAGAAUUUGACUGUGGCCGUGGCGAUGGUAGUCUUUUUCCGCGCCUUUGGGCAGGCUGUCGGCAUUGCGAUUGGGGGCGUGGUUUUUCAAAAUCGGAUGCGUCACGAACUGCUUAAAUAUCCCGAGUGGAGGAGUGAAGCCGGGGUUUUGAGUCAGGAUGCGGCGGCGUUGGUUACCGUUAUCAAGGGAAUGGAUGAUACAUCUGGUGUAGACGGGCCUAAGUAUCAUAUGAAGCAGGCUUAUACGGACAGUUUAAGGGUUAUCUGGGUGUUCAUGGCCGGAGUUGCGGGGGUUGGGCUGGCGUUGAGUUUGUUUGUGAAGAAGUAUGAUUUAAACCGGGCGCUGAAGACAGAGCAGGGAGUUAAGUCGUAG